CUGGCGAGCUUUCAGAGGGAACUCAGAAAUACAAGCCUGCAGAACAUAGUGGCUGAAUGUUCAAGAAGAAAGGAGUUGGCAGACUGGAUUAAGGGGGAGCACUGCGAGGACCUUGUUUGCACCUGAACUAGCUCGGGAAGGGCUCCAGCAUCACCAUGGCACUUGUGGAGACUAUCCGGCUUUGGAAUGAGGGGGUAUCUGCAGCUGAUCGCAAAGACUGGACAGCAGCCCUGGCAGCCUUCACUUCAGUUCAGAAUCCUUCCUCCAAAAUCUGCUUCAACAUUGGCUGCAUCCACCUGAUCAUGGGGAAUUUGGAGGAGGCGCAGCAGGCCUUUACCAGGAGCACCAACAAUGACAAACACUUAGCAGUUGCCUACUUCCAGCGAGGAACUGUGGCGUACCAGAUGGAGAAUUAUGAAGCAGCCCUUAGUGACUUAAAAGAAGCAUUGGCUCAGCUACGUGGGAACAACCUAAUAGACUACAAGAUCCUAGGCUUGCAGUUUAAGUUGCUUGCUUGUGAGGUGUUGUACAAUAUAGCCCUUGCCUGCGCCAAGUUGGAUGACUGGAAAAAUGCUGAAGAGCAUAUGAUAAAAGCAGUGAACCUGAAGACUGGAUCCCGACACAGCAAAAUUGAUAAGGCCAUGGAAUCCAUCCUUAAACAAAGAUUCUUUGACCCCAUCGUGAUUCCUGAAGGGAAGUUGUUUCGGCCGAAUGAAAAGCAAGUGGCACAACUGGAAAAGAAAGACUACUUAGGGAAGGCCACGGUUGUGGCAUCUGUGAUUGACAAAGAUGAGUUUUCAGGCUUUGCUCCCCUGCAGCCCCAGGCAUCUGACCCACUUCCCAGACCAAAGACACCAGAAACCCUCAGGAUGUUGCAGGGACAACCUCACAGAGUCUUAUAUGAAUUUGUACCAGAAACAGGAGAUGAGCUUCAUGUCCUUUCAGGAAACAUUGUUUUUGUCUUGAAGAAGGAGAAAGACAACUGGGCCACUGUUGUAUUCAAUGGAAAGAAAGGGAUAGUACCCUGCAACUAUUUAGAACCAAUGGAAAUGCUGAACCAGAGCUCUACCUGGAAGGAAGAUGUUGCUGAUUUGGACAUCCCAGCUCCACCCAGCGUUGCCGCUCCAGAACGUCCUACCAGGCUUCCUCCAGGUCAGAGCAGAACACCAGAGCUUGAUAACUUAGAAACGCCAGCUCCGUACAUUAUCAAGGUGCACUAUAAGUACACUGUAGCCCUGCAAGUGAGCCCUGAGUUAUCUUACAGCAGUCUUUUAGAUAAAGUAUGCAAGAAGUUGGAGCUUUCUCCCCAGCACACAACUUUAAGCUUCCAGCCUACAGAUGAUACGGAGCUGGUCUCUUUGAACGAGGACAAGAUGAAGACCCUGUGGAAUCAUGCAAAGACCCAUUGCUUGACAUUGUGGUGCAGCUUCCAGGAGCAGGGGGGCGAAGAUGUUCCAAGUGCAGAAGAUGGCAAGGAGACAGAAAAAGAGAUGGAUGCAAAUCAAGUUGUAGCACGAUACAGUUAUGAAGCCAGCCAGCCAGAGGACCUGGAGUUUCAAAAGGGAGAGACAAUACUUGUGCUGGCAAAAGUGAAUGAUGAGUGGCUGGAAGGCAAAUGCAAUGGGAAAGUUGGCAUUUUCCCCAAAGCCUUUGUUGAAGAGUACAACAGCAAAGAUCCUCAUUGUGAAGUAUAACAAGCUCGAACCCAAUGAACUCAGAUGCUUCUAAAAAUUUUUCCAAGGCAGUUCAACUCAUUAUAAUACCCCAAAGCCUCUAUGGUUUCUUUCUUUCUUUUUUGAGAGGGGGAAGAGAGAGAUGGAUUAUACUCUGCUUUCAUUAACAUCAGCUAUGGUUCACACUAAGUUCUUUAGCUGUUUCCUGUCUAAAAUGAGCCAGGACUAGUAACAAUAGAAGAGUUACGGCUGUCCAUUUGCACCUCUGAAGUAAUGUAAAAUUCAAGACAGCAUCUCAUGGUUCUAGUUAUCAUGUCACAACCUAGAAAAUGUGCACACAAGUAACUUAAGAUUUUUGGCUUCUCCAGUGUGGUCUGCCCUCUGUUUUGAUAAUUAGAAUUAACUCCAUCAGCUGUAAAGCAGGACAGUGGACAACAAAUUAGAGGCUGCAUGGGAAUGCUAGCUAACACUUGGAUGGAAGAACAUCAACUGAAAAGGCUUCACUCUGCAGCAGGCAAUAACAAUCUGCCAUGAGUUCAGUUGUUCUGUAAAGACUGAGGACAAUGAAGGCUGCCUUUUGAAACGUCCAUUAAACUACUGAAAAACAACAUAGGACUCAUGUUUUGGGUUUCUGCUACAUACCACCUCCUCCCAUCUAGUUUUGUUGAUUUCUGUGUAAAACACUGUUUUUUAGCACACUUUUUGUCCUAUUACUCAGAUCGACACAAUCAUAAAUCUCCUUUUUAGGAA